AUGCCUCGCCAGUUCUGCCUAUUAAGAGAGCUUGAGUCUGAUGUUACUCGAGGAAUGUAUUAUCCAAACAUCCACUUUGAUGACAUACCAAGAGAUCAUUCGUUUAUCGAGUGGUUCACUCAGUUGCAACAACGACUAGAUGAAUGGUAUCAGACGACACGGCAGAGUAUCAACCUUGGAGAGAAGAUUGAAUUUCACGAAUUAUUAUUUCAGUGUCAGGUCUUGAGGCUCAACCGGCCAUCACCCUGCUGUCCUCAGCCAACCAAGGAAAUGCGCAAAAAGGCAUUGCAGGCGUCAAUUGCUGUACUGAAAGAACUUGGCAUUAUUGAGCGCAUGGGAAAAUUGUUCAACAUCUGGCAUGCUGGAUACUAUCUUAUUGAGGCGGUAAUCUGCCUUCUUGGGACUGUGCUAACGGAGAUGGGCUCUCAGCGUGAUGCUCAUAUCACUUUAGAUGGUGAAGACAUCCCCAUUUUGUGCAGAUAUGUUCAGACAGCGCCCGCGCUCCUCAAGAAAAUAUCGCGUCGAUGGCCAAACAUAGCUGUCCAUGCCUCCGCUAUUGAAGCUUUAUCGCGUGCUGUCAUUGAUGCACUGCACUUAUGGUCAAAGUCAGACUCAGUGGAACAUGUCGAAAUCACAGCCCUGAAAUUACAGCUGAAUCAAUUUUCGCUCUUUUCGCCAUUGCCAAAAGAGACAGAAUCUUCUGCUCAAACCUAUAUUCCUUCCGGAACACCAGAGCUUUAUGAGGCACCAUCGGGAAAUCCAGUGUCUGGAAGUGUCAACCCGCCUUUCGACCACCUUGAUCUACAAGUUCCUGAAGUUAUAGCAGCACCAAACAAUGAUUGUGCACUCUCAAACUUGGUGCAGGACCAAGCAUCUUCUAUGAUACCCGGCCCCUAUGAUUUCGACAUGGGCUCUGAUCUUCUCUGGGACUUUGAUGGAAUCGACACAGAAGAAAUACUUGCAGCGUUUCUUGAAGUAGAGACUUGA